GUCAUUUGCUGCAACGCAAUCCCAGCCGAUCCCACAUCCCAGCAUUCCCGGUCCCGUUAUUCUUCCAUAUUAACCGUGUUUUACUGAAGUGAAGUUAAAGUAACGGGUGAUGUCUGAACGGAUUCACAACAUGAACUAAAGCCUCAGAAGCGCUGCUGGAAGAAAGAAAGUCCUACAGGUUUGAAAUGACAAGAGGGCGUGUGAAUGAUGACAGAAUUUUAAUUUUGAAGGUGUGCAGCACCGGUGGACAGAGGUUUGGAUGAAGCAAUGGUGCUGGAUCUGGGUGAGAACUGCAUGGAGCAGGCUAAUGGAGGAGGGCUCUCAAAGAAUGUUUCAGAAAUGUUAGACCCAGAGCCGAGCACAGAGAAACCCAAACCAGUAAGAGCCAGAACAAGCAGUGUCACCCAAAGAGACAACGGGACCCCCAACGGGCCUCGCGUUCAACCCGGUACCACCUCUGAUAACAGCACGCAGGUUCACCGAAGGCCCCACAAUCCAGAAUGUGUGAGAAAGGGAGAACCCUCACAGUCGGGGCAACCCGGCAGGCGGGGACCCUGUCAACGACCGCUCAGUCUGGAGAUCAAACCACAGCGGAUUCGAGCACCUCAGCAGCAGAUGGUGAAGAAACCCCCGUGGCGCAGUGGGGGUCCCUCCCCGCCUGUGAGAAGCUUGACGAGUCUGAGUUUGGGACAUGGAAACUGGCUCCGCAGGAGCGAGAGCACAUGCACUAUGAUCUCCUCGACGCCCGCACGUGCUGGCAGGGGUCGAAUGCGGCCUGCAACGUCCUUGCCGCACAUUGACAGGGGUAUGGGAUCGCUGCCUUCGCCCUCGACCCCUCGUGGACCGUGCCUGCUUGUGGCGCUCCGUCCCAUAAACCUGGAACAGGAACGUCAGACCUUUUUUGAGUCUAACUAUGAGUAUGAACCCCAGUUUGAGUAUGCCCCCCCUGAGCCCAUCAGUGUUUUGGAGAAGUACAAAGAAGGAUCUGGUCUUUUUCUCACACAGGCAGUUGGAAUUAUGGAGUGUGUCUUGAGGAAGUAUGGUACCUAUGAGGGCUUUGAAGAGGUCACAGGGGGAAACCUGCUUCCGAAGAGUCAAGUGUGGGCAGCUACACGCAAAUACCUACUGAAGGAGGGUUGCGUCGGUGAGGUGGUGGUAUGUCUCUCUGAUGAGCUUCUGUCCCAGGCAGUAAUGAUGGUAGAGAGGUGUCGACCAACAUUGACUAUCAACUUGUCGGGGGCACGCCAACACUGGCUAGAGGGCAUGCUGAGACAUGAGAUCGGCACACAUUACUUGCGGGGUGUAAAUAACGGCAUGCAACCAUGGGCCACUUCUGUUGGAAGAAAGCAAUUUGGACUGAAACCAGCGAAUCCUACCGAAGAGGGGCUCGCCAGUCUUCACAGCGUGUUGCUACGGAAACAGCCCUUCCUGUGGCGAGCCGCUCUGCUCUACUAUACUGUAUACCACGCCACCAACAUGAGCUUCGGCCAACUGUUCAGACAUAUUGCACGCUUUGUCCAAGAUCCUGCUGUCCGAUGGGAAUACUGCCUUCGCGCCAAACGGGGACAAACAGAUACCUCCAAACCAGGUUGCUUUAGUAAAGAUCAAGUCUACCUUGAUGGAAUUCUAAGGCUUUUACGGCACAGGAGAAACAUCGAUUUUAAAAUUUUAACCUCGCUUGGCAAGGUGUCGUAUGAAGAUGUAGAGAGACUUCGCCAUUUAGCUGUUCUAAAGAGAACCCGGAUUCCUCACUUCAUGCAGGAUGAGGAACGUUAUCUUCAACACCUCGACCACAUUGUUACAGUGAAUGAACUGAAUGAUGCAGAGCUUCAGGAGCUCAUCCCAUGAACAUCUAAAUCCGUUACCGUUGACCAAACAUCGAAGAAGCCAUUGCAAAAUAUUUAAACCAUAAAGGUUUUUUUCAAAGCCAAAAAACAAAUACUCAAAAACUGUGUGUCAAAAACAUCGAAGAGUAAAAAUAUUGUUUUUCAUCGAAUCAUACACACAUGAUCAAACAUACAGUAGAAACAUAUUACAUACAGCAUGUUUGUGUCCAGCGAUAGUCAUUUGUUAUAUAAGUGCCAUAAUAUCCAGCAGAUUUGUAAACUAAUACAAUGAUUGUCUGUUUGUAAAACCACAUUACUCUCAGGCAUGUUUGGAUUCUUGCAGAUGUUUGGAAUAGCAUACUUCCAUACUA